GUACUUUGAUUGCGCAAUUGCAUGCACUGCACUGCUUUUGCUGAAUCAGCAUAAUGAUCUUUUUUUUUUUACUAAAGAGCGUUGCUUCAGAAAGCUCAGGCGCACUGUUGUCGGACCUCCUCUGGGCAGCUAGAUCUAGCUACAUUUUAAAUCAGUUGCUGGUGGCUAGCUACACAACCAAAAAUCCACAUACAUGAUUAGGAUAUGUGAGAGGUGCACUUAUUAUACUGAUGUGUACACAGAACCGUAUCAAAUCUAUUUACUAUACAAGUGGAUCAGAUAUGUGUUAAAGAUGUGUGUGUAAUAUGUACUUCACUAAGAUUGCAAAUCUGAUGUUCUACUAUGUAUCACAAGUGAGGAAGGAGCUGCUCUGCUACACAUCUGUACAUGUGAGCAAAUGAGAGCUUGUUGAGUGACAUGAGUGAUUAAUAUGAGCCUUGCUAAGAUUCUUGGAGAGUUAAAGGCUAUUAAGAAGCAGGCACUGAUGCUCGAUGACAGUGUGGAAAGGGUAGAACAACUGGCCAGACAGCUCAACGCCAAACAGCUAAUAGACGUCAGUCAUCUAGACAGUGGAAACACGCUUACAAGUCGAAAAUUGUCGUUUGACGACAUUGCAGAUGAGGGGGUUGAUGAUCUACUACUUCCCUGUUAUAGUCUAGACUCUGUGCAAACUGCUGAUGACCUGGACACCACUGAUCGUGAUGUUAAUCAUCCCACAUCUUCUGCUAGUGGUUGGUUGACAAGUCGAAAGACAUCUAUUAGUAAAAAGAUAUAUACUAAGGUACGUGACCGUUUAUAGUAAUAAGCAUUUAAAUACCAUGCAUUAACCUAAACAUAUCCCUUUACCGGUCAAAAUGUUGUAAUUUUUACAACAACAAUCUGGGAGGGAGCGUGCUAUCAACUUGUGAAUGUUGCAUGAUAUUGGAUUCUGUGGCAGAUUGGAUAGUAUCAUGAAUGCGAUUAUCCUUUGAUGUUCUGCUGAGCUGUUCAAUUAGGACACUUAAAAAAAAAAAAAGGUUUAAAACAAGCUAUACAGCAUGUAGGACUGAGUAGUAUCCAUUGGUAGACCCUCUGGACUAUCUUGGUAGCCAUAGAAUAUUUUCGAAGAGGAAGCAGCAAGCCAUUUGUGUACACAGGCACUUCACAAGUGGACACAAGCUCUACAAUAGUCUACAUGCUUGCUAAGCAGCUUAGUUGACCAGAGUGCAGCUUUUAAAGGCCACACAUACUUCCAUCGAGGCAGCAGCAAGGCAUAAAAUCGAUGGUUAGUUUGUGCACAGCCAUUGACCCACGCCCAUCUCUACAAGCCAUUAGCCACUUCAUUGAGGGCGGAGAUAACAUCAAGCUAAUUUGGUGGGUUGGGCUCAGAUGCAAACUAAAGUGUGGGUUGGGCUCAGAUGCAAACUAAAGUGAUGGAACUGUUCCAGACUUUCCAGAUUGUGUGCGGCUGAACGGUAAAGGGAUAUAGAAAUCAACAAUCAGCACACCUUCCAAGAUUGCAGAAAGGAAGAGGCUCAAGCAUUCAAGAUGCAGUGGUAAACUUAAAGAGAGUCUGAGCUGUUACGAUUAUGCUAGUUGGUAUGAUUCGGAAAACCAAAUAGCUCAUGAAAGAAAGACUUGCAGACACAAGAAAGAACUGUACAUAACUCCUCCAAAGCUUUGGAACAUUUCUUUCUCAUCUUCUGACGAUGAGUAGUGUUACUUUUCUUUGAAAUUAGUGUUUAUUAAGGUUCAAUAAUUAGUGUAAUGAACUUUGAACUUUCCAUUGAGAAUUAAUGAACCAUGACUGUGCAUGUGAGGAGUAAAGAUAGUGUUGGAUCAAAAUAAUGAUUAAUGCAAGUCGAGAGAAGUAAAGAUGAUUUGUUGGGCAGAGAUAUAAUUGAGGUAACACAAUAAUAAUAACACCUAGUCGAUAAUACAAGUGGUGAUUGAUGUCGAGUAUAAAGAACGAUAAUUAAUAUAUGAAAACAAGAAUCAGUCAUGUGACGUACAGUUGCCUGAAACCUAUACACUCAUUGAGCAGGUGUUCCUUCUUGUGUCACCGUAAUUCCAGGAUACGAUAUGGGGUACUCAUUGUAUGGGUGAUGCUCAUCUUCCUCGAAUAAUGUCUCCCAUUCUGACUCCUCGACACCAUUUUCAUAAACAUCCGAAAGCCAUGUUUUAAAUCCUUCAUGAAACCUUUGCUGAGCACAGGCCUGAUUUUCUCUGACAUAUUUGCGCUGUAUAAUAAUAAUAAUUUGGACAGUAAAAUUUGGCUGGAACUAACCAUUAAAACAAGGUGCCUCAAGUAGUUUGGUUCGACUUUCUCUGUUGAGGCCUUCAAGAAAUCGAUGAGGUUACGACAUAACGAGACUGUGUCUUGAAGACAAGCAUUUGGGUAUGGAGGAAUUCCCAAUAUCUAUAUGGAGUAUACAGUAUACAUUCAUUACGGUAUAAGUUAUAACCUUCCUUCUUUCUUCAGUUCGGAAAGUUGAAAGCAUAUCUUUGGCCGCCUUGAUAGCAACAACAACUUUGUAUUUUUUGGUGAAGUCAUCUCGUGAUAGAGUAUCUUUAACAACGUCCUGCAUAUAUUGUAUAUACUGCAAGACUAUACUGAUGAAGUUCGACUUACAUUCACUUGAUUUUCCUGAGGAUACGAAUUUAGUGUCUCGCAAAACAAGUUGGCAAUCUUGUGUUUAAGCUCCACCUAAAACAUAAUAAUUAAUCGAUUUUUUGGUUUAUAUACAAAGAAGUUGACCUACCUCAUAAGGAGAAUUUCGUAUUGUAUAACUUUUCUUUUCCUGUGUUUCGAUUAGUACUUUUAGUUCUCGAAAACUUCUGUUGAUUACUGUCUCCAUAUGGGUCAACCUUACGUCAGUGGCCUUCACCCGUUCUAAAAUUUCCUGCUGCUUGCUUGCAAUAAGUGUAACACUAUCUAUUAUUAUGCAUUACAAUGUCAGAUAGACGUGACUAAAAAAUGUUAUACUCACUUUCAGCAAGAGUAGAUAUUUGCUCUGACUGAGACCUUCGUGAUUGCACAUCACUGAGCCCUGUAUAUAUAUAUAGCAAAACAUCAGAGAUGUUUAAAUAGCAUGAUUUAUAUAGUUUACCAUCUCCACUGCUUCUUCUCUGAGCCAGCACAUCGACGGUAGCAUCAUCCCCAUUACCGGAUGCACCUCCAUCAGUACGACUUGGCACUGAACCAUCUGCAACAUGUAGGAUGAGCAAAUUUUCAGAUUAUAGGUCAUUAAUAAUAAAACUUAAUAAUUAUUCAAACUCACCCCUGUGGGGGGUUCUGAGUGUUGUAACAGGACGGGGAGUGUUCCAUGAGCUUGUACUUAUUCUACCUCGUGCAGAGAGCAAGCGAGACAUGAUCACAUCGAUCUAAUAAAGUCAAAUCUCAUGAAUUUGUCAGCAGAUCUCUUCUUCCAGUCUCGGUCACUGCGCAAUGGUGGCCAAUGUGCGCGCUCACGUGGAUAGAUCUAAGGCACGUGAAUUCUUAUUUUUGAAGUAAAGCAUUUUUGUUGAGGUUCCCCUUGCAGCUUGGAAGGUUCAAUUAACACAAUAUGGCAACAUCAAUAGGUGCAAAUUGGUGCGAAGUGUGCCAAAUAGACUGCUCAUUUAAGUCUCGUUAUGAGAGGCACCUAAAGACAAUGAAGCACAAUUAGCAUCAAGCUUCAAUUCAUUCCUUAAUGGCGGAUGUUGAUGAUGGUGGUAUCCAGGAUGACUCGGACGAUCAGGGAAGGCAUGUAGAAUGCGAUGAUGACUUUCAGGUUCUACCUGAUGAAGAUUACAACGAUGAUGACAAUGAUGGUGAGGAUACAGAGAAUGAGUUAUAUGACACACUGCAAGUUGUGUGCAAUGCUUCAUCGUCCUCUGAUUCGUAUUCUCCAUUCCCAUCGAAACAACAUGCUUUACUCUAUCUUUUGCUUCACUGUCCACGACCAAUUGGAGAAACAAACUUAAAGUUCGUUUGGUUUGCAAUGAAGCAGAUGAACCCUUGUUUGCCAUCGAUACAUCAAAUAAAGCAACUUGUUUUGCCUGUUUUUGAGGCCCCAACGAAGUAUUAUUCAUCUGAUGGGACACCCUUUUAUGCAAAUUCAAUGAUGGCAACAAUACGCCAUUGCUUCGCUAAUCAAUUGUUUGCAAGUGUAGUCCAGAGGUAUCCAGUUCAGCCUGACAUGGAGUUGAUGGAAAUGUAUCAUGGAGAGCGCUGGAGAACAGACCCAAAACUUCAAACCCCUAUGGCUGUUUUGCCUGGUUCUGAGUUGCAUAUCCAAGCACAUAUAUUGCUUACACUGGACCAAUUAAAAAUGGCAUUCACAUCAGUUGUCUACCUGUAUCCUGAGCCGGGUGCUUUGGUUAUACUUGAAUCUUCUGACUUCAAGGUUACGAACAUUCUAACUAUUGUUUCACCACCUAGCUCCCUACUUCGAUAUAUGUUGGAUUCAAACACUCUCGAACAACUUGGAAUGAAGGAAUUUGAGGAUUUCAUUCAACCUCAUCCACUUAAGUAUUCAGGAUUAGGAAAGCCUGUUGUCACUGCACCAAUUAUUCUUUACUCUGACGAUACAAGUGGAAAUAAGAGUAAAAAGUGGAACUGUUUUAACAGUUGGUGUUUCCUUGUGGCAGGACUUCCGCGUAGUGAAAAUUCUCAAUUACGUAACAUACACUUUAUUACUUGUUCCAACAAGGUUUCUGUGUUGGAUAUGUCACGACCUGUUGCUGAGGAUAUCAAAACACUCCAAGAGGGAAUAACUGUCUUUGAUGCAUUUCUCAAAACUGAGGUUAUUGUGAGGGCACCUGUGGUUUGCUUGAUUGCUGAUAAUCCUCGCGCAGCAGAAGUCAUUAAUCAUCGAGGUGGAAGUAGCAGGAAGUACUGCAGAAAGUGCAUGGUUGACAGAGAAGUUGAUCCUGUUGAUGUGAGCACUCUACAUACGAAAGAUGUAUCACUUAGCCAAAUGAGAACUAUACAGUCUGCACAAACAGAGUCAGAGAAGGAGAGUCUUCGAACUAGCUUUGGACUUCGUGAACGAGAAAAUCCCAUGCUGUCAUUGAACGUUGAUUUAUAUCAAUCGACACCUGUUGAAUGUCUCCAUGCGAUUUUGCUCGGCCCGGUCAAGUACUUACUGAAACGCUUCAUUGCUGGAUUAAAAAAGGAACAAAAAGCAAAAGUUCUGGCUAUUGUUCAACAAUUCAAUUAUUCUGGCUUUGACGUUCGACUGUAUGGAAACAUAAUCAAACACCAUUGUUCAUUUGUUGGGAGGGAUUACAAAGCCUGGGCACAGAUGGCUGCUUUUAUUGUGACCCCAUAUGUGACUACCAAUGAAAGAAAAUUAUGGUUGGCACUUUUAAAAGUGUUCAGUCUGGCAUAUUGUGUUCCAUUUAAUCCAAAUUGUUCUGAGGAAAGCAGACAAGUAUGUAUAGGGGUUUGUAGACCUGGUGAAGGAAUACAACCCACAAAUGUCUAAAAAAAUGAAAGUGCACCUACUGCUCCACCUUGUGGAUGACCUCUGUGACUUCGGUCCCACUGCUGCUUUCAACACUGAAAGGUGUGAAGCCUUUAAUUCAUUGAUGAGGGAGCAGAACAUUUUUUCAAACAGACGAGCCCCAAGUCGUGAUAUUGCUGUUUCGUUUUCAACGUUAGAAGCAUUGAGAUUUGUUUGCUCAAGUGGCUAUUACACUGCAAAAAAUUUUGUUUGAAACUACAUUGCAUAGUCGUUUUAACACUAUUCUUAAACAGUUGAAUCAACUUAAUAUUUAGUAAAAUAAAAAGACAACGUUAAAAUAAUCAGUAUAUGUGGUUUUAACUUAAAAUAUUGUAGAAUCACACAAUGUCUUUUAUUUCUACAAUAAUUUACAUAGAAUCUAUUAUUGAUAUCUUAAAUCAAACUAACAAACUCAUUUUGAUUAAAUUAUAUUUGAAACUCUAUCAUGCAGCAUGUUAGAAUACAAUAUAUAAAUUUAGAUUUAACAAUAAUAAUAAUUAUUUGUUCUAACACAGGCACACAUAUAAUUAUAUACAAUCAAUAUUUUUAACAAUCCAUUUAUAAUAGCAUGAGUGAUGUGAAAUUAUAUACAGUCAUGAACAUUGUAAGGAAAUGUACAAGUUUGCAUAGAACCAUAGAUAUUAGAGGACCUAGAAACUAAAAUGAAAUUGUGGGCGUGGCUAUGCUAAGUCUAAGAUUGCGCAUGCUCAGUAGAUCUAGAGCUGUGAAACCAUGUGCUCCAAGAAAAGAGAAGACGAUUACCCUUUCUAUAUGCUGGACAUUUGCUGCUAUAAAUCUGACUGUGAUGAUACUUCUGUGAGAGGUAUGACUGUGACUACACCAAGUGGAUGAUGAUACUUUUAGUUCUGUGAGAGGUAUGACUGUGACUACACCAAGUGGAUGAUGAUACUUCUGUGAGAGGUGAGGGACAAACAUAAAGUGUCUAGUUUUCUGAAAUUCCUUAAACUGGCAAGCUUGACAUGCGAGAACAAACAGACGAAUGGAUAGAAGUGGCGUUAUUGUUGGAUAUCCUCUCGGUGAUUGAUAAUACACGGUAAUAAUUAAUAUCAAUAACAAUGAUGUAUUUACUAUUAUAGGUGGACUCUGCGUGGUCAAGAGUGAUCGGUCUGCUAUACUUGUGAGUCCAGUAUGUUACACCAAGAAGAACUAUUCCUUGGGCUAAUUAAUUUAAAACUGUCCUUCUAAUUUAACAUUGUAUACCAUUGUCUCACUCAGUUGUCACGAACGUUUCCUAUCACUAUUUUUGUAUUAACAUGUUAUUUAUUGAAUUGAAUAAUAAUUGUUAUACCGA